AUGCUUCGCCGGCUGCUACUCAGCUGUGCCUUUCUCGUCUUGUUACAUGCACAGCAUGUUAUUGACCUCAACGGAGAAUGGAACUUCACAAAUUCGGGCGGAGACUACGCUGGAAUAGGUAACGUCUACAUGAAAAAAAAAUUUUCAGGAUCUGAAUGAGAAACUCUAUGUUGAUCCUGGAUACUUUUUUAGUGUUUCAAUAGAUUAGGAAGGUUUUUAUACUUUCUCCAGAAAUCAAAAAAAAUUUCCGCUUCAGAAAAAGAAGUAUAAUCUCAGCACAAUUUUUGAAUGCUGCAUAACGGUUUACAGCCAAAAUUCAAAAAGUCCUUGAAACCAGAAUACACUUUGAAUUUUCAAGUUGAUGUGUACUUUUGCAGGAAUCGUACCCGGUGACAUUUACUCAGACCUCCAUCGAGCAAAACUGAUAGAAGACCCGCUUUUUGGUGAUAACCACAUCGACCUCAAAUGGGUGGCGCGCGAGAGCUGGACUUAUAACAAACAGUUCGACGUCGACAGGGCCAUGUUGAAGGUCGGUGGCAAGACUUUAGAAAUAGCUUGUUUUGAAGUCUUUCAAUAAACUUUAUUUUUAAUUGAUUAGGCUUGAAAAACUUGUAUUAUUUGGUCCAAAAAUGUCAUAACUGCAAAGAAAAAAAGGUUAUAGAGGCUGUCAAGAAUUCUUCAUAACUUCCGCAUGAAAUCCCAAGUUGAAUGGAUAACAUUUUUAGUAUGAAGAAUCUUAGAAAAAUCCCUUUAAGUACACACUUAAAAAGAAAAAUGCCGUAGCGCGCAAAUCGAAAAAGGUCGGGCUCAUCGGUUAGAAUUGAUUCGAAAUAAUGAAAAUGAAGCAAAAUUCUUCGUAAACGAGAGACCUUUUUCAGCAGUACGUCUUUUUGAACGUGGAGGGAUUGGACACCGUAGCCUCUAUUUAUUUGAACAACCACUAUAUAUUCGAAAACACAAAUCAGUUCCGGUCGCACUUUCUCAAUAUCACCGGAUUUUUGCAAGAGAAGGAAAACAGGCUUUUCAUUCUUUUCACCAGCCCUGUGUACUACGCGUCGGACUCAGCUUAUUACUACAGAGUUCGUUGCGGUUGUUUGAAGUUUUGGGAAAAUUUUGGCUAAUUUAGUACGAAUUCCAUCACGAUGUCCCACCCAACUGCCCACCUACGAUUUACAAUGGCGAGUGUCAUGUCAACUUCAUAAGGUGCUUUUUUCGCAGAACUUUCAUUUAAAGUAUACAUGUGUUUCAGAAAGGCUCAAUACAGCUUUGGCUGGGAUUGGGGACCGUCUUUUCCCACGAUCGGAAUUUGGAAACCGAUUUCCAUCAUAUCCUAUGAAACUUUCCAUUUUCACGACUUCAGCUUCAAUGUCUACCCUCAAUCAAGUUGGUCGAGUUGAUGACACUUUAACUGUAAUUUUCCAGCGGAAUAUCUUAUCAACUUCGACAUAUUCUUACAUUAUUCUCGUGACGUACGGGUGAACUAUACGAUCGCAAUCGAGGAGCUGAACUUCACUAAAACUAUCGAUAAGAUUUUCCCUGUGUUUGGACACGACAUGCUGCAUGUUCAUCACAUAAAAAAGACGAUCCCUAUGAAAUAUGAGACCACCGUGGGAGAUAAAGGUAGAUCGAACCAAAUUACAGACCCUACCACUUUGAAAGUUUCAGUUGUAACCAAAGAAGUGGAAAAAUGGUGGCCCAUCGGUUAUGGCGCGCAAAAACAGUACAAAGUUUGCGUUUCUGCAUCAACCGGACAGAGUGAGCUUGUCUCUAGUUUUCUCAUAAUGAUCCUUUUCAAAACAGAGAAAUGCAAGAAAAUCGGUUUCAAAGAAACGUUUCUGGCGGAACCACUAGUCGAUGAGAAUUCGCCGGAAAAGGGCCGAGAGUUCUUCUUCAAGAUCAACAAUCAAACUAUUUUCUUGAAAGGUUUUUUAUCACUAGUGAUACUUGAUUCUAGUUUUUUAAGGAUCGAAUUGGGUUCCCGUUUCAAUGUUCCCAUCUCAAAACCACACUGAGAGAAUGAAGUUCUUAAUGGAUUCUGCAGUGGAAGCAGGUUUCAAAAUCUUUUUAAAUUUAUACAUAUAUCCAAGUUUCAAGGAAUGAACACUUUGCGUGUUUGGGGUGGAGGCUUCUAUGAAACCGAAGAGUUCUACGAGUACGCUUCGGAAAAAGGCCUUCUGAUUUGGCAGGUUGCUACUUUUUUUUAGAUGGAAAUCAAAAAAAAGUGCAGGAUCUGAUGUUUGCCUGCGCCUUGUAUCCGGACGAUAAAGAUUUCCAAAGGAGCAUCCACGAGGAGGUGUAUGAACAGGUCCAGUUUUUGAUAAUUGAAAAACUUAUAUAUUCAUUUUUCAUGAGAAAACAUAGAACUCGCGGUUUUUGAUAUCCUAACUCACUGAUAUGUAAAUAAAACAAUAACAACAUACUCAAUGAUUUCUGAAACUUUUCAUCGAUGUAAACUUAUCUUGAACUUACUUCCUUCUUUUUAAAGUCAAUUAAAGUCUCAUUCAUUGAUUUCCAGUUGAUUCGCCUCAGAAAGCACGUUUCGAUAUUCAUUUGGGGCGUGAAUAAUGAGAACGAAGUUGCCAUUCGAACUCAUUGGUGGCAUGUUGAGAACUACACCGGUGAUCGCCUGAAGUGAACUUUAUAAGAAGACCAUUUUUCAGAAGAGCAACAAGUAAACGAUUAUAAAAAAAUGUAUCUGGAAAUCGGAUCGGAACUUGACAGGAUGGACUCCACCAGACCUCAUGUCCUGUCGAGCCCGAGCAACGGACGAGAAACCAUUUUGUUCGUCUCGAUUUUCCCUCAUUAACUUUAAAGAGAAGUUUUCAGAGAAGGUGGGGUGGCGAAAAAUCCUGGCGACGAGAAAUACGGUGAUAUUCAUUAUUACAAUGAACUUAUAGAUCUCUGGCAAGACAGUAACUUUCUGACUCCGAGAUGUGCUACUGAAUACGGAAUUCAAAGCUAUCCUUUGCGGUACGUCAGAUGUACAGAUUGGGCUAUUCUUACAGUUGCUAAUACAAAUAAGCUUGAAUAAAAAAAUAAUUUGAGUUUCUAAUCCGUAAAUAUAUAAAUGCUGCGGACCAUGAAAAAAAAAGUAUUGCUAAGUUUUAGAGGAACGCUCGCUCGCUGGCUUGACGAAUCCGAGAUAUUUUACACGAGCGCUCAAAUGGUUCAUCGGCAACAUCAUCCCGGUGGUUUGGCGACAAAUCUCAUGAUGAUCUUCAGUCAUUUUCCGGUGAGAUUUGAUUUCAACGCUUCGUGAGAAAAAGACAAUGUUCAGCUCCCAUCACAAUGCAGAAGUUGCUCUGUUGACUUUCUGAGGACUCUGAUCAAAUGCGACUAUGCGAUGUCGGAAAGCUUCAUGGGAAGACUUGCGUACUACUCCCAAAUCCAUCAGGCGAUUGCACUGAAGACGGAAACUUUGCACUAUAGAAGGUCUUAGAAUCGAGUAUUCAUUUUGAAACGUUUUAAAACAGGUACCGCGGUAUUCUGAACAAAAAUGGAAAAGGAAAAACAAUGUGCGCGCUCUACUGGCAGCUAAACGACGUCUGGGCUGCUCCAACCUGGUCUUCGAUUGAUUUCGACCUCAAGUGGAAGAUUGCUCACUACGAAGCCAAGCGGUUCUUUAAAAACGUGGUCGUAUAUUCGGUAAGCCAGAAAAACAUAUCUGGCAAAAUGUGAACCCAGAUCAAUUCUAGAGCUUCUUUCAGAUGGCAAACGGCUUCAGUCUGCAAACAUUCAUAAUAAACGACCAGUUAGAGGCUUUGGAUGACGUUGAAAUCCGGAUAAUGAUGUUUGCCUGGAAUGAAGGAUUGACACCGUUUUACGACAAAGCCUACAAAGUUGCGCUUGUGGAAGGCGGCACUGUAUUCACCCUUCCAAUUAAGUCAGUCCACACAAAAAAAAAAUAGAAAAUCGUUCAUUUCAGAAAGAAAAUAAAUCAAAUGUCUUCGGACUUUAUGUAUGUGACCACUUUGUCCAGAAAUGGACAAAUAAUUGCGAGUCCAGAUGUCCUGCUCCCGAAUACGUUCUUCGAGGUUUUCGCGUUUCUCUUUCUGAAAUGAUUCGAACAAAUUCUCAAAACUGUUAGACAAAGCUUCUGAUAAACCUCCGAAAAUACAUCUCAAAGAAAACCUUGAAUAAAUAUUAUUCAAUUCCAGGUUGACUUCUCACUCUUCGGCAACGUUGAGAUAAGCCGCGUGAAACAGAUCAACAGCACCUGCUAUGAAAUCAGAUUGGUCUCUGACGGCCUUUCUCCGGUCACGUGGCUGGAUGUCAAGCAAGACUUUCUCGGUUACUUCUCCGACAACGGGUUCACGAUGUUCCAACGUUAUGAGCUCGUAUAUCUGAACCUUUACAAGCCAGUUGAGCUCGAAGAUUCCGACUUCACAGUGUGCAACCUCAAGAACUGUUACGUUUGA